AUGAAGGGCAUAUCCAAGGCUCUGGGGCGGACGCCGCACAUGUUCACCAGUAAGGUGGGCCUUGCGAAGAAGUCGACCGAUCCCGAAUUCGACUCCAACCAACGGAGCUUCGCCGAGAUGGAGAAGGCUGCGGAGAAGCUGUUGAAGGAUGCGAAGACGUUUAGCGAAGCUGUCACUUCUUUGUUUACUGGCGCUGGCGGCUUCGCGGAGCAUUUCUCCGCCCUGUUUCGCCCCAUACAGGGCGAGUAUGACCUCUUGGGGAAAUUCCCUGAUGCGGCACACACGAUCAAGAACGUGGACCAAUACCAGGGCAUGUUUGAGGAGCUCAAGCAGACGAUUGUGCCCGAGCUCGAGCUCAUCGAGAGCAGGAUUAUUGGGCCAGUGAAGGAGUUGCAAGUCGUUCUGAAGACUAUCCGGAAGAUGAUCACCAAACGCGAGCAUAAGCUACUUGACUAUGAUCGCCACAACAACUCUCUUACCAAGCUGCGCGACAAGAAGGAGAAGAGUCUGAAGGACGAACAGAACCUUUUCAAACUUGAACAAGACUUCGAGAUCGCGAGCAACGAAUACGAAUAUGUAAACUCGGCGUUGAAGCAGGACCUGCCCAGGUUCUUCGUACUUGCAACACGCUUCAUCGACCCUCUCUUCCACUCGUUCUUCUACAUGCAGUUGAACAUCUUCUAUAUGUUGUUAGAAAAGCUCAACACCUUCGUCGACGGCAAGUACGACGUCACGGUUGCCCCACAGCAGAUCGUCGAGGAGUAUGAGGCGAAGCGCGGCGAUUCCGCUGAGCAGAUCGAGGCCCUCGGUAUCACACAGAAGUUCAUCUCGACGUCCAAGCUUGUUGCCCAAAGCCGCGGCUUGUCGCCGGGCGCUUCUCUUGGACGAUCGGCCUCGUCGCUCUCGACUGGAUCAGCCAUGUCUCGCACUCCAUCCGCCAGUUUCCAGAAGAAGAAUCCGCCACCACCGCCACCAUCUUUCGGCACCAAAUCUUCCUACUCUGCACCGCCUCCGCCAUCUUCCUCGACUGCUCCUCCGCCAUACCAGCCUCCCGCAGCAGGCAACUCCGCAGCAGCCGCAGCGGCCGCCGGCAAACGCGCACCGCCCCCUCCGCCUCCACUCAAGCCAAAGCCGAACGCAGCGCCUCCCCCGCAAAUUGUUGUCGCGCUUUACGACUUCGCUGCGCAGGCGGACGGGGAUCUCAGCUUCAACGUUGGAGAUCGCAUCGAGAUCGUCGAGCGUACGCAGAGCCAGGAGGAUUGGUGGACCGGGCGACUCAACGGUCAGCAGGGCGUGUUCCCGGGCAACUACGUUCAGGACACGUAA